ACUGACAGUGACAGUCGUUUGUUGUUUUAUUCUGAUUAUGAGGCUGUGUAUCCCUAAUAGUGGUUAAUUUUCAUUUUUGUUGUAGUUAUUUUAAAAUCAAAAUAUAUCUUUUUAGAAAUCAAUUCGUAUUUUAGUAUUUAUAAUAUAAAUAUGAAUCCUGUUGUUGAAAUAUGGACAUGGGGUGCUAACUCUCAUGGUCAAUUGGCACUCGAUCUAACCUGUGAACAAAUAGAUAAGCCUACUAAAUUGCAAACAGAAUUUUAUGACAAGAUUAAGCAAAUAGCCUGUGGUGGCGCACAUUCCGUCUUGUUAGACAGUCAGGGAAAGCUUUUUUCAUGUGGGUGGAAUUCUAAAAAACAACUGGGACAUAAAACGGAAGUAUAUACGUUUAGUCGCAUAUGGCGAUUAAGUGGUAUCACAUUUACAAAUAUAGCAUGUGGAUGGGACUUUAGUUGUGGUGUCACAGAUGAACAUUACUUAUUUGUAUGGGGCUCCAAUAGUCAUGGUCAGCUAGGUUUACCUAAAGAUCAUUUCGGAGAAUAUGUGGAACCCAUUAGGCUCCAAGUUAAUGUGUGUGCGAUUUCCAUGGGAUUGAGACAUACAGCGAUGAUUAAUUCAAAAGGAGAGGUUUGGACAACUGGUUGUGGCAGGCAUGGCCAACUGGGAUUAGGUGAAAAUACUUUAAAUUCAGAUAGAUUUCAAAAAGUACCUAAAUUAACCAAAAUAUCUCACAUUGCUUGUGGACAGAAUCAUACAGUAGGAUGGUGCUCGGAAGAAAAUGCUUUGUAUGUUUGGGGUGAUAAUAGACAUGGUCAGUUGUUGCUUAAUUCCCAAGAAUAUAAGAAAAUUUUUACACCACAAAAAAUUGAUAUAAGUGUAAGGAAAGAAGUGAAAAAGCUUUUAAGUGGUUGGACUAAUGUUUUAUUAUGGUUGCACGAUGGGUCGCUGCUUACAUGGGGAAGGAACAACAAAGCACAACUUGGGACGGAUGCUGAAUUUUCUGGAAAGAUUUUCAAUAUUAAAUUACCAGAUGACAGGCAAGUAGAGGAUGUUGCAUUAGGUUCUGAACAUACCUUGUGCAUGGCUACUGAUAAAACUGUUUGGGCUUGGGGCUGGAAUGAACAUGCAAACACAGGAUUACCCUAUACUGAAGAAUUUAUAAGGUGUCCUACUCAAGUACCAAUUGUAACAAAGUCAAAAAUUAAACAAAUAUUUGCUGGAGGGGCCCACAAUUUUGUAGUAAUAGACUAUGAUUUAGAAUCAAAAUAACAAAAACAUACAAUUGUGUAUACUAAAUAAUAUAUAUUCUAUUUAGACAUUUCUGUGCAGGACAUAAUCCAAUGGUGCUACAUAAAUUUUGUAUUUAUAUUACACUAAUAAGAAACCAGUGCUCGGUAUAUGCCUCUUUGAUUUAAUUUUGUAAUAUACUACAACUAGUAUGCUUCUGAAACAUAAAUGGUACCAUGCCAGAAAUCUUUAUGCAAUAAUCAACAAUAACUAUAAAAAAAAUGAAA